AGAAAAUAUACAAGAAAUUCAAUUUAUUUAAAAUACAUACAUAUAUUUUGAAAACCCUAAUAUCGUGCCGGAUCUACAUCCAGAUCUGAUUCUAUGGUUUGAAUUCUUUUCAAAUUUUAGGGUUUAAAAAUUAGGGCUUUUUAUCCAUCUUUUGAAAUUAAUAAGUUUUUUAUGGGGAAUUUCAGGGCUUAAAUUUGGGGGUUUUAUUAAAAGUUGUGGGUUUUUGGUUUUCUAUUAUAAAGUUUUGAUCUUUUUAAAUUUGAUUAUAGGGUUUGAAAAAUCUUGGGAUUUUAGGAUUUGAUAAAGGUUGGAAAUUUUAGGGUUUGAAUAUUUGUGAUACAUAUAUAAAUAUAUCUAUAUCUAUAGAUAUAGAUAGAUUUGUUGUGGGUAUAUGUAUGUAUGGCUUCAGGGAUAUUACUAGAUGCUGAUAAGAUAAUCAAAGAGAAGAGUAAAUGGGGUGAGGGUAAUAAAGUUUACGUAAGAAAGUUCAAAAGGACUGCUGACCGAGCCCCGACUGUCGGUGUUGUUUCUCCGGCCCCUGAUCGAAAUACAGACCAAAAUUUAGUUGUAGAAAAUGGAAAUUGUCAGCAGCAAGAAACUUUAUCUCUGGCUACAGCUGCCCCCACUGAUACGGUCACUGCUGUUUCUCCACCCGCUGAGAUGAAUGAGGACCGAAAUUUUGUUGUAGAUGAUGGAAAUCAUGAAAAGCAACAAACUUUAUCUCGGGUAGUAGAGUUAUCGAAUGACUAUACGGGACAAAGUGGGAUUACUGGAAAUGGGGUGGUAAAGCCGGUUUUUGCUUUGGUGGACGGGGUGGUUAAGAUUAAUAUAAAAUCUGCAACGUCGAAGAAUGAACUUUUAGAGCUUAAGGAGAAGUUGAGGGGUGAGGUUGACCGGAUUCGGCGUUUAGGUCGAAAGCUUGAAGAUAAAGAAGCUGAGCUAACUGCGUUUUCGACGGUGGUUGGUGGUGGUGGUGAUGAUGGUGAUGGGCAGGCCUAUAGUCAUGAGCAGUUUUCGGGUAGCAAUAUUGUUGACAGGAGGGCUUUGCUGAGGGUGAAUUCGGAGAUGGGGACUGAUUAUAUGGACAGGAGAGCUUUGAUGAGAAUGAAUUCUGAAGUAGGUUCAGUUCCAAAUGGUGAUUUAAGGCCUUUUAGGCAAUUGAGUGUAUCGGUUAUGAACAAUAAUCACGGAAUAGGUGAGGUUGUGGAGAAGAGGACGCCGAAAGCUAAUCAGUUAUAUCAGAAUUCAGAAUUUCUUCUUGGGAAAGAUAGAUUACCUCCUGAGAGCAAUAAAAGGCAUAAGCCUGGACGCCCUGGAAGAAAGCCCAAGGGUUAUUAUACGGGGGAAGAAAGUCACAGGAAUCAAAUGUAUAGGAGCUGCAAUAGUUUGUUGCAGCGAUUGAUGAAGCAUAAACAUGGUUGGGUGUUUAACGAACCCGUGAAGGCAAAGCUGCUCGGGCUUCAUGAUUAUUUUGAUAUAAUUAAACAUCCUAUGGAUUUGGGGACGGUGAAGAGUCGGCUUGCACAAAACUUUUACAAGUCUCCGAAUGAGUUUGCAGAUGAUGUCAGACUCACUUUUCAUAAUGCCAUGACUUAUAAUCCAAAGGGACAAGAUGUUCAUGUUAUGGCAGAGAAUCUUUUGAAUAUUUUUGAAGAGAGGUGGGCGGUGAUUGAUUCUGGAUCUUAUCCGGAGAUGAGAUAUGGAAUGAUUUAUGAUGCCAGCACUCCAACUCCGACUUCAAGGAAGGUUCCUCAUUUUGCACAUGCCCCGUCAAGGAUGUUGUAUAGGUCGGAAUCUGUGAACAUGCCUUCCAUGACUAAGCCAAUAACCCCUAAGCCUGCACCACCCCCUAGGACACCAGUGCCAAAGAAACCUAAAGCCAAGGAUCCCAAUAAACGGAACAUGACCUAUGAAGAAAAACAAAAGCUUAGCACGAAUCUUCAGAGUUUACCUUCUGAUAAGCUUGAUAAUAUUGUCCAGAUCAUUAAAAAGAAAAACACUUCGCUUUCUCAGCAUGACGAUGAGAUAGAAGUUGAUAUCGAUAGUGUUGAUAUAGAAACUCUUUGGGAACUCGACAGGUUUGUUCAAAAUCACAAGAAGUAUGUGAGCAAACACAAAAGGAAAGCUGAACUUGCUCAACAAGCAAGGGCAGAAGCUGGUGAUGCUAAUCGGGUUGUUCCACAAAACCCGGCAGCAACGAUCCCUGAGGUCCCAAAUGGAAAUAAAGCAAAUGAAAAGACUCUUGCUAAUACUCCUCUUGAUCAAGGAGAGAGGAGAGGAGAGAAUGCUAGUAGGUCUAGUAGUUCGAGCAGUUCUAGCAGUGACUCUGGUACCUCUUCAAGUGAUUCAGAUAGUGAUAGUUCUUCUGAAGAUGGAUCGCCUCGAAAUUGAAUAGUGUAAACUGAGUUUCAGAUUUUUAUCAAUUGACGCACUCCUGACAGUGAAUGUUUCUAGUAUGAAUAUGAUGUGUGAUGGCCCAACCACAUGAUCAGAAAUGGAAGCUCUUUGCUACCCGUGAUAGGUGUUUUGACCAGACCAUAUUGUUCUGUAAUUAACGAUGGUGCGUAUUCUUAGAAAUUAGGGUGUAUGAUAUAAGAUUGGUUGUGGCUGCAAGAGGACCCAUCAAGUAGCAAAAUGUAGUUCCAUGAGACAUAGGUGCAAUUUGAAUGGAGGCAACAGAAUGCAGAUUGUUUUGAGGGUGGCUAUACUUGGAACCACGAAUGCCAUUGAUGGGUUGUUUUGGUUGCAUUUUUUGUAUCGUCAUAACUUAAACCAAAACCGUAGGUAGCAUGUAGAAAUGUAUAGUUGCCCGUUAGUUUGGUUGAUUUUUGCGUUUGUCAAAACUUAAGAUGUGUAUUUGUUCUUUUCCUUUUGUUGUUUUAUUUAGUGUAAGUACGUAGCUAUAUUAGUCAACAGGAUUUAAUACUCUAGAUUCCUGCCUCUCCCUUUAACUUGCAACUGUCUUGUUUCAUUAAAUGAACUGGGAAAGUUAAAAUGAUAUGAGACCUGCGUUAGAUUA